UUGGUCGAGCGCACAUUUUUAAAUGUCAAAUUUAAAAAGACAAAAAAUUUGUUCUAGAGUGACUUAGAGAAAAAACUCCAAGAAAUUUUCAAAUUUACAAUCAAUUAUAUGAUGUUUUCGAUAAAUAAUAUAAAUGUCAGACCAUAAUAAAUAUACAGUAUAUUUGUCAGUUAAAUAUGUGUUUUGGAGUUGCUACUAGUGUCGCAUAAUCAUCAUAUAUAUUCGAUAUCAGAGAAUUUAAAAAAUUAUACAGAAUAUGGGUAAGGAUGUGCUCCUUUUUGUAAAGGAAAAGCAACUUUCGCUUUUCCAAUGAUGGAAAACGUCGGGCAUUUUGGGAACAGACUAUAAAUGUAAAUUUUCGGUCUUCGAAAUCGAGGUUAUGUUCUAACCAUUUUGCAAAGGAUGUUAUUAUUGAAAAAAAUGAAAGUUAUUACACAGAUAAGUUAAGAAAUUAUUUUUAACGUUAAAUUUGUGCGCGUCAUCGAAUGAGCUAUGAUGCUGCUCCCUGGGCCUAGUUUGACAAAAACGGAACCCCGUUUAAGGAUAAAGAUAGGAACUAGAAACUGACACUAGUAACUUAUUGACCAUAUUUGAACGAGUGUAAAAUGUUUUUUACGUGAAUAAACCAGCUGGGAUCAAGUAAACGUUAGCAGAACACAUCUCAUUGCUUCGCAAUUGAAUUGCGUCAAAAGCAUUUAUGGUUCGAAAUCUUAGACUAUUCUAAUUUUUAUAAACAAUUUCAAAUUUAUGGGUUGUCAUUGCUAAAGAGUGUCAUUUGUCUAGGUCCUGGACCAAUAAGAUACGUUCAAGACUAUGGAUAAACUAACAGUUAUUUCAGGAACAUUGUUUCUUGCUGCAGAUAUAUUUGCUAUAGCUAGUCUUUCUAUGCCAGAUUGGAUUAUUACCGAUAUAGGCGGAGAUACUAGACUAGGAUUAAUGUGGUCAUGCAUGACUUUAUAUAACCGACCUCAAGUAUGUUAUACACCAGAUUUACAACCUGAAUGGUUAAUCGCGCUAGCUUGUAUAUUUGUGGGAUGUAUUUUAAUAACCGUCACCAUUAUUUUACUCGUUUGCUCACAUUGGGACCGCCAUGUGAUCCCGUAUGCGCGAUGGGUCGGAUUCACAGCAAUGGUUCUAUUUUGUUUAGCAGCAGUGAUCUUCCCCAUGGGUUUCCAUGUGGAUGAGAUUGGGGGCCAACCAUACCAAUUACCCAACUCUCAUCAAGUUGGAAUAUCUUAUAUUUUAUUUGUAUUAGCAUUGUGGAUAACCGUAAUAUCUGAACUGUUUGCUGGCAAAGUAUGUUUGCCUCACUUCUGAUAAUUUACUUAUUUUAAAUUGUAUUAAAAUUAAUCUUGUUUUCAGUGAUAAAUAAAAUUGUUAUACUAUGUUAUUAA